AUGGCAUUUUCAGUUGGAAGUGAUUUCAGUACCUCAUUUACACAGGACUCUGAUGAAGUUCAGGAAAUGUUCUGUGAGGUUUGUGAUAAACAUGACAAGCAAUAUGUUCCUGCUGAAGGAUUUUGUGCGGAGUGUUUCGAGUAUUUGUGCAUGACUUGUCUAAAAUACCAUAAAAUAUAUAUGAAAUCUCAUACCAUCAAAGAUAAGGAUAACAUGCCACAGGAUUUCUGUCUAGAGAAAUGUUCUGUUCAUCAAGAUGAACUAGUUAAGUUCUAUUGUCAAGAUUGUAAGAAAUUUGCCUGUACUGAAUGCAAGACACAAGAUUAUCGGAACUGUAGUUUGGUCAGCCAUUUGCCAGCCCUUGUCCCAGGGAAUGAAGAAAGCCAAGAAAUCAAAGAACUUAAUGAAAAUCUUGAUAUGUUAAUGAAAGAUUUGGAAAAUACAGAAAAACCUGUGAACAUAAACAUGAAAUAUGUCUUUUCACAAGAAAUAAAGAUAUUAGAUACAGUCAUGAAAAAAAAGAAAGAAAUAUUGUCAGUGUUUGAAAAUCAUCAGAAAGAAAUGAUUCAAGACUUUGAGAAGGAAAUUGAAGAAACUUUAAAAAGACUUAAACAAGAGAAAAAUGAAAAAAUUGAAAAAUUACAAAAAAAUCAAAGGAAAUUAGAAAAGUUAUUAAAUGAUGAGGAAAAUGAAAUAAAGAAGAAAAUUGAAAUCAUAAAAAAGGAUGACGUGAAAAUUUUGCAGACAAUCAUUGAAGAAACCUCUACAAUGAAAAUAAAACUAAAAGCCAUAUCAACAGAGUUGGUGCAUCACCAAACUACAGAUCAAAGGUGUCAACUGUUUGUUGCUAUGAAGAAAGGUGAAGAAGUCAUUGAACAAUUGAAACGAGAUGCAGAUAAACAAUGCAAAAACAUUUCAAUUCAUUAUUACAAAGUAGAAUGCAAAGCUUUGGAACAAAAUAUUACCAAUUUACAUAAAUGUCACAAUUUUUUCAAUUAUCAAGAAAUACAUGAAUCUGAAGUACAAAAAAGUGCAAGUCAUUACACAGAUAUUAAAUUCACAUUUAACUCCUUGUCAUCUUUAUGCUUAAUAUCUGAAAAGUGUCUUUUGAUUACUUAUUUUGAUUCUAGUAAGCUGUUUAUAUUCAAGGAUUUGUCAGUCAGCACUACAUCAUAUGAUACAAUAGACCUGCCCUCAUACCCUUGGGCUGUUGCUAAAGUUGACAAUAACAAAGUUGCUGUCACAUUUCCUAACCUUAAAAUAAUAAGACUGAUGAAAUUUUCUAAGCAUAUGACAGUGACCAACACUGAAGAUAUAAAAGUAGGAAAAGGUUGCCGUGGUGUUGCCUACAGUAACAACAAGCUUAUAGUAUCUUACACCAGACCAGCAACAGUGAAGAUACUUGACAUGUCUGGUUUAACCUUUGAUGGGAAAGCCAAGGCAAUUUACAAGGAUGACCAGCUGGAUACGCCAUGUCAACUGACAGUAGAUAGAUCAGGAGCAGUGUUUGUAUGUGGAAGUUUGUCACACAAUAUACAUCAAUUAUCACCUGACCUGACCAAGGUGAAGAUACUGCUGGAUAGAGAACAAGGAAUAGAAUGUCCAGUAGGUGUGUCAUACUACCAGAAUAAAAACAGAUUGUAUGUGUGUCAAACUCUUGGUGACAUUAAAGUGUAUGAUUUAUCUUUGGGAUAA